CAGUUGUCGUCGGGGAGUACGAAGUACAGGUGUACGACCGCCUCGUUAUGGCCGGGAACACGGCCGUGCUGCGCUGCGCCGUUCCGUCGUACGUACGCGAGUACGUGACGGUGACGUCAUGGCUGCACGACAGCUCUUUCAACAUCUACCCAUCUCUGCAUGGAGAUGGCAAAUACCACAUGACAGCUGGCGGAGAUCUUCACGUCCUGGAUGUAGGACCUCAGGACGGACUCUCCAGGUUCCAGUGUAGGACCCUGCACAAGCUCACUGGAAGGACCCAACUCUCCACAACCCCGGCUAGGAUCAUCGUUACUGAAGCCCAGGGCUCAGUUCCACCUCGCAUCAACGAGCGAAUUGGUCGUGUGGUCGUCCAGGCAGGCAGUAGGGUCACUCUGCCCUGCGUUGCCCAGGGUCACCCGCCACCAAGAUACACAUGGUACCGGGGGUCGACAGUGCUGAGCGCCAGCAACAGCGGAGGAGGCAUUUGGAACGUGGGAGGAUCACUGGUCCUCGGGAGCGUCGUCUACGACGACUCCGGAGAGUACACCUGCGUCGCCAACAACACCGUCGGGGAGACCAGGUUCUCGGCUCACCUGCUGGUCACCCUUCCACUUUCCGUGCAGGUUACUCCGCGCGAAAAGCAGGUUGAUGCCGGGGGCCGCCUUGAACUGAGAUGUCACGUAUCUGGGCACCCUGUCGACACAGUGACUUGGUAUAAAGACGGGCAAAUUCUGAGGUCUGGUGGUCGAGUUCGAAUCCGUCCUCGUGAGUCUCUGCAUAUUGCCCCAGUGGAUCCGGCAGAUGCUGGCAUAUACCAGUGCGCAGCUACAUACGGGACCGAUCACGCGCAUGCGCACGCCUAUGUUACCCUUGGAGCUGCAGCGCCGCAGCUGGUCUACAAGUUUAUAGAGCAGACACUGCAGCCUGGACCAGCUGUUUCUCUCAAGUGCAUAGCCACGGGCACCCCCACCCCCCACAUCACCUGGUCCCUGGAUGGGUUCCCGAUACCACACUCGCAUAGAUACUUGAAAGGUCAGUACGUGUCAGCUCACGGUGACGUCAUCAGCCACGUCAACAUUUCCAGCGUCCACGAGACGGACGGCGGCACGUACACGUGCUCAGCCGAAAACAGCGCGGGCAAAGUCGUCCACUCGGCUCGUCUGAACGUGUACGGGCCGCCCCGGGUGCGACCGAUGGGGCAGGUGUCAGCCGUGGCUGGGGAGACGUUUUCCGUCACGUGCCCCGCUUCUGGAUACCCCCUGGAUAAGAUCAUAUGGAAAAAAGACGGCGUCAAGCUCCCGACAACCCACCGCCAGCGGGUUCACGCCAACGGCACGCUCGUUGUGGAGCAGGUGACGAGAACUACUGACGACGGACUGUACUCCUGCACAGCCCAGUCUCGCCAGGGGCAUUCGGAUACCCAGACGCUCACCGUCAGGGUCAUGGUUCCACCCCGGCUAGCUCCUCUGACCUUCCCUGGGGGAACACGUGCAGGGAUGAGAGCACAGGCCACCUGCCUGGUCCAGGAGGGAGACCAGCCAUUGACCCUCGUGUGGCAGAAGGACGGACGACUCCUCGAUGCGAAGCUGGAGAUUCGCACGUCGCCCAUUGAUCCCUACACGUCCAUCAUGGUGAUUGACAGGACGACGGCUGAACACACAGGAAACUACACUUGUGUGGUCACCAACCCAGUACGCACCACCACCUCCACCGCCCGCUUGACUGUCAGCGUCCCGCCAGCAUGGGUUGUCGAACCCAGUAGCGCCAGCGUAGAACUGGGUGGGACUGUGGCCCUCCACUGUUUAGCCAAAGGAUUUCCCAACCCGACCAUCGUCUGGCGAAAAGAAAGUGCUUCCGGAGAAUUCGGAGGAGUGGCGACGGGGGAGGGCGGUGUCGCCGGAUGGGAGAACGGGACCCUCUCCGUCAGCCGAGCGGAAAGACGGCACGAGGGGCGCUACCUCUGCGAGGCCAACAACGGCGUAGGGGCCGGCCUCUCCAAGGUCGUUACCCUGCAUGUUAAUGAGCCACCGUGGUUCGGUGUGAGGAGCCAGAGGCAACAGGUUGUCGUAGGAGCCGCGGCAACGCUAGCUUGUGAGGCCCACGGAGAUACCCCGCUCAAGCGAUGGACUCGGGACUGGGCGCCAUUACCUGCUCUGCCCAGGUACGAGGUCUCCGAGCGAGAGGUGGAAAUGGGACGUGUUUCGGAGCUUGUUGUGCAGACCACCCACGUCGGGGACACGGGCACCUACGUCUGCACGGCCUCGAAUGCCCACGGGUCAUUCACAGCUGAUUUUCACCUCAUGGUACAAGACGUCCCAAAGCCUCCUUCGGGAGUAGCGGUUUCCGAAGAGGGCUCCCGGCAUAUCACCCUCACCUGGACACCUCCGGAGGACUCCAACGCCCCUAUAUCAGCCUACAUCGUCAAUUUCACCCCUCAGGAUGUUCAGCCAUCGCCAAACGGCCUCUUCGGGGGUCCUCGGGAGGUCACCGUGGAAGGAGACCAGCGAAGGGUGAGGCUGGACGGCCUCCUCCCAGCCACCACCUACAUCUUCACCGUCGUGGCAGAAAACAGGGUCGGAAGGAGUCAGCCGUCCCAGGCCCUUCGAGUUUUGACUCAAGAGGAAGCGCCUUCGGGGCACCCGCAGAACGUCAGGGUCAUGGCUGUGUCGUCGACGGCGCUGAAAGUGAGCUGGGAACCUCCACCUGAGAACCUCACCCAUGGCACAGUCCUUGGGUAUUACCUGGGAUUUAAAGAUGAAAGUGAAACGGAAGGCGGCGCCUACAACUUCACAACAGUGGGCGUGGAUGGUGGGGGUGUGACCACUGCGACUCUAGCUGGAUUACGCCCUCACGCCCGUUACUCUGUAGUCCUGCAGGCGUUCAAUUCCAAAGGGGCCGGGCCAAUGUCCCCACCGUCGCUUCGUUCAACACUAGAAGACAAGCCUAGCGCCCCUCCAGGUCACGUGACUUGCGAAGCCGUGACCUCCCGGAGCAUCGUGGUCACGUGGAAGCCUCCCCCUCAGCGGCACAUCAACGGAGACAUAACUGGCUACAGAGUGGUGUACUCGGCCUCUGGCGGAUCAGAUGGGGCCUUUGGUGGAAGUGAAAUCACGCAAAAUCUUCGAGCCACACUCGGUGGUUUACAGCCCUGGACCAACUACACAGUUUCAGUCGCUGCCUCGACCAGAGCCGGCGAAGGGAUACCGUCUCUGUCCCUCGUUUGUACCACUGAUCAGGAUGUUCCUGACGCCCCGUCUCUAGUGAAAGCAGUCGUGUCUGGCCCAAGGGCCGUCGUCGUCUCCUGGUCGAAACCCCAACGACCAAACGGUCGUAUCAUCCGGUAUAGCGUGUACUGGUCGUCUGUAGGAGGUCGUGGCCCUCCUAAUUCGCGAGAUGUGGGCCACCACAUCACUCACCUGACCUUACCUGACCUCUCUCACAAUACUCAUCAGAUUUGGGUCACGUCAUCCACAAGGGUUGGGGAAGGACCUUCAAGUGGUGUCGUUACGGUGAAACCUUCUCAUACAGUGAGUGCCGGAGUGUGGUCCGUCGGAGGAAAUCUGACAGCUGCUUGGAAGGAAGAUGUGAGCUUGGCUUGUGGGGCUGUGGGCGUACCGGAACCAUCUCUAGUGUGGGCGCAUCACGACAAGAUUAUACCUCAUUCACACGACAGGUUUACAGUCCAGCCUGACGGAACUCUUACACUGGCUGACAUUCAGCGAGAAGACAGCGGUACGUACACGUGUACAGCAUCCAACCACCAUGGCACAGAUUCCGUCACGUACAACCUCACUGUUCUGGUACCUCCGUCAGCGCCGUCGCUCCACGUCACCGAAACGACCGCCUCCUCCAUCCGCGUGCAGUGGAGCGUGGAGGAUACGGGUGGAGCUGCCUUGGAAGGGGUCUCAUUGCAUUACAGAUCUGCCGGCGGCGAAUGGGUGACGGAGAGAGUGGACGGAAUACAUAAGGCUUACACGGCCACCUUGCUGAAAUGCGGCACCCUCCACCAUUUCUACCUCACGGCCACCAAUCGGAUAGGCACCAGCGCUGCCUCAACGACGGUUGGUGCCAAGACAAAAGGGCGAACCCCGGAAGUGCCACCUCAGUUCCAGUUCAUCACGACGAACAGUUCCCAGGCGACCCUCUACCUGGCUCAGUGGGGCGAUGGUGGCUGCCCCAUCACCCACUUCAGCGUCCAGUACAGGAGGGACAAUAGCAGACAGUGGACCACAGUGGGAACUGAAAUCCCGCCUACAAGAACCUUCGCCGUGGGCGGCCUGAUCGGCGGGGAAAAGUACCACCUAAGAGUGACAGCCUUCAACUCUGCAGGAGCCACGCCUGCCCUGUACAAGAUCCUCACACCUGGACACGGGGGAGGAGGGUCAAGUGUAAGCAGCGCCGGUGGGGUGUGGGGCGGCGUACCCUCCACCUCCCCCGUGUGGCGUGACCCAAGGGUUCUGGUACCAGCUGCUGUGUCGUCUUUGGCUCUCCUGCUAACCAUCACUACCGUUUGCCUCUGUCUGAGGAAGCGUCCCUCGAGUAAUGCCCCCACGAAGGAAGUGCCCGACGGGGUAAGCACCCCUCGGACGGUCGAUGAGAAAUCGGCUCUCCAGGCUCGUGAGGAGGCCUACACUACCGUCCGUAGGCCUCCUCCUGCUCCCCCCCAGUCAACACCUGAGCUAAGGGAGAAUACAGGGGCAGAGUACAGCGAAGAGGAACUGUAUCCAUAUGCCACGGCCACCUUUCAGCUCCAGAGGGGUAGCCCUCCCCCGCCUGCACCUCCCUCUCCGCCCACACACCCACAGCAGAGAGGACAAAAGGCGUUCACGGCUCUAGUCUACCAGCCCCCAUCACUGCACGACGUGGACUCACCCAACUUGAGCGACAGAGAGUCCCGCGGUAGGCGUGGCUUCUCCUAUGAAGGCUCCGAGACUGAAGACUACGGCAGUGUGCUGGAACCCAGUGGAGGGGAAGGACGUCAGCCCGCUCCCCACCACAGGAGGCCACGCCACGUUAGGACCAGGUCCCCCGCCAAGUCCGGUUCCCCUAAGGGCGGACAACCCAAGUACCACCUCACCCAUCACCAGCAGACGCUCCGUCACCCAAGGCAGCCAAGAAGCCCAGCGGUGAACCGGAGAUACAGCGAAGGCAGGGCAUCCAUCCGUGACCUGGCCAGCGACGCAGAAUGCGACCUGAGGUGGUGAAGUGACUCCACUUCAGGCCGACACCCGGCGACAUGGCACUUUAAAGUGACAUGACUCUGGACCUACAUUCUUGGCGUUAACCUCUCGGGUCAUGAAGUAGAAAAAGUGAGAAGACAUAGUCCCUAAAAAAAUGAAGUGUCAUGAGACAUGCAGUGACGUGAAAAGCGAAAGUGACACGACACUUCGAAAAGUGACGUGGCACUUGAAAAUGUGACACCGUAGGUCCUUAAAAGAGGGAGAAACGUGUCAGUCACCAAAAAGUGAUACGACUCGUGAUGUGACUUGACUGAUCGUUGGUAAAGCGAAGACAUGAAUUUUUAUAUAUGUAUAUACUGGAUAUGAACAGCCGCAUCUUCCACUCCAUGAAGUGAUUAUAUGAACUUGUGAAGUGAUAUUUGCUCUGUGAAGUGAUAGGUCGAAUGAAGUGAAGCGAGUUAUGGGGGCUUCAUUUGGGAAACGAAACCAUAAAAGAUGGAAUGUUUGGAAUUAAUGUUAUGGCUGGUUUUAUUUAGCAAAAAUAACGCGAAACGAAUUCCUCUGAAAAUUGGAUUAGAGAAUCGUUCAAUAUACAGAACAGGAGAGAUUCAGUUCAGUAUCGUUAUAUUUUAUGCGUGAAAAUGAUUUAAUUGUAGAACUUGAGGGUACAGAGAAAAUAUUCAGAGUAAAGAGAAAUUACAAACGAAAAUUCCAGCCAAAUGACAGAUAUAUAGUUGGAUACGUAUUAUUAAAAUAUAAAAUCGCACGAACUUUUACAGGAGCGAAGCGCCAGUGAUUUGAUAAACACGAGGAAACAAAAGAAGAGAACGAUGCGAAAUCUGUUUCAAGAGGAAAGCGCUGGACGCGAAUCUUUAGGCUAACAUUAUAUUUUAUUGUUUGCUAUUCAAUAGUGUUGUUGGCGAUUCGAAGGAUCCAGUUACUGAAGAGAUUGUUGGGAGAGAGAGAGAGAGAGAGAGAGAGAGAGAGAGAGAGAGAGUUAGCUUCGGCAUUGUUGGUUGAAAGGGUAAUUACCGCAGAUGAGAAACAGUGCAGCAAUGUUUCGCCAGGUGUUUAUAAACGAGAAACAAUUCAGAAAUGUUCCAUGGUGUUUUUGGGAAGGGGAAAGAGAGAGAGGGGGAAGAGUAAGAGGAAGAGGGAGGGGGGAAGGGAGAGAGAUGUUGUUUCAUUGUUAUUUGUUGCAGGAAAUCGCUUUAAUGGAGCACAAUAUAAGACCUUCCAUUUUCGUUGUGAUAAAGUUUAUGAAUUCGAGUGUACAUAGAUAAAUGUUUAUCGUGUCUGUUUUGCUGAGAGGCUUUCAUUUGUAUAUCGGCUUUUAUCGUUCUGAUUGCUGUUCCUAUUAUGGGUUUAGCCUUUCCAUUUUUUCAAAUAGAUAUAAGUGAAUGUAUAUUGCUUCAGAGUAUGUUACAGAUAUGCUUUGAAAAACAAAAAUAUGUUGGAAGUUACAAACAACAUUGAAAAAUUAAAUUAGCGUUCGUAUUUUCAUUUCACUCAUGAAACGAAGUCGAAUCUUGGUUCGUAAUGUAUUUUGAAGACUGACGUCACUGCCUUUUUGUGUAUUUUUUAUUUUCUUCUUUUUUUUCGAAAGUUUAAUCCGAUAUUCAAAUGGACGAGAAUCUAUAUGACUGAAAAAUCUAUAUUUCGGUGUCUUUCGUUCUCAGCGGAUGCUCCUCCACGUGAUGCUAUUAUACUGUAUAUUAAAAGAUUGAUAUAUCAAAAAUAUUAAACCAAAUUAACCAAGUAUGUUGUCACGACUUAAAUGUCUAUUUAUCGUGAGGGGGUGCCAAGGGAGCCCACUUUGUGACAUGUAUAUAAUUCUUUGAUAUUUGUGUGAUACAUAAACACCUCAAAACGUUAAAGAGAGUGAAGAAGAUUAUUUUUAUUUAAGGAUCAUGUGAACUACAGAACUUCGAAUUGUCCCGUAAACUGGCUAUUGAUAUGUGAUCUCGUGUGCUUUUCCAUGAAAAGUAUGAUUUAUUGUGUAAUUCCUUAUUAAUUGUGAUUGAGUAAGUCCACUGACCUCUAUAACUGGAUCGUUUAGUCAUUGGCUUUGGCGUUUGACGCCAUCUUGGCACUCUCAUCUUGGCAGCAGUGUUCCUUCUGAUGUCGUUUCCACCGCAGCUGAAACGGAAACCACCAGGAGUAGACUCACAUGACGAGAAAGGAUCAAGAUUCUUACUUGAGUCAUGAGAAAGACCUAAGAUUCUGGCUAAGAGGGCCGUCAAUCCAGUUAUGUUAAAGUGCAGUGAAGUUAGACCAGGGAACUGCGAGGUUCCUGAUUGAAAAUCGCCAUCACGGAAGGACAGUGAAGGCAGGAAACUCCGCAAGAAUUUCCAAAGACGUUUCUCGAACUUAACUGUAACUCUGUUCUACGUGUGAUAUUAUCUCGUGCCAAAUAGAAUCUAUUUACCCCAUAGUUAUACAAAAGAUGAGCUCCUUUUUAAAGAGAAGAAAGACGAUCCACAUAGUUUAGCUUAUUUUCAUAAAUUUAUUAUUGAGUCAUGUUUUGAUACCUCCGUGAGGCUACAGGCUUUACCCCCCGACCAUUUUUUGAGGGACCUCCUCAACCCGAAGGGAUUUUCCUGCCUGCGUGGACGUCAGCUCCUCUCUUCAGGAGUCCACGAUGUCAGGAGAAUCCCUCCUUACGAAGAGAAGGCUCCCAUAGUUGUGAUAGAUAUUUAUAUUAUGAAUUAAUGCAGUUUGCGAAUGAAGAGACCCGAUUUCUUACCGAUUGACUUAUCAGUUCCACCAGGAUUACAACACGGGCGCCCGAAACAGGUGCCACGCUGGAGUUUUUUGGUUCGCUGACAUGAUGCAAUUUAAUUCUUUAUUUUUUUUAUUUGAAGAACCCUGUCACUGUGUGAUAUCGACUCAGUCGUCAUCAAUCAAAUAAUCUGUAAACCUCUUUCUGGGUUUUUACUGUAAUAAAAUUGAUCAUUGU